UGUGAUUUACGGAUGUAGGUUUUUUUUUCAUGCAUCGCAUCGUUUCAAAUAAGUGACUGAUAAUCGUGGGAAUUGGUGGUGUGUAUCGCCACGUACCGAUUCAGCAAAAUGCUUCAACAAAUCCUUCGUGACAUGUACGUGGAUCCAGAGAUCCUCGCAGAACUGGACGAGAAUCAAAAGCAAACGUUGUUCUGCAAGAUGAGAGAAGAGCAAGUUCGGCGUUGGAAAGCAUGGAAUGACAAGGUAGAGGACGAGAAAGAAAUAAAGAGAAAUACGAAAAACAAAAAUGUCAGUUUCAUGCAAGGUGAAGAUGGUGAACCUUGGGUAUGGGUGAUGGGAGAGCACCAGGAUGAUCAGACUAUUGAAGAAAUUCUUCGCGAAGAGGCCAUAGAAAAAGCCAGACAACUGGCAGAGAAAGAAACUGAUGAGUUGAGGAGACGAAUGGAAUCUGAAAUCAUUUCUGACUAUAUAGAAUUAACUCCGAAAAUAGAAAAGAUCCAAUCCGCCUCGGAGAUAGUGGAGGACGAUAUGGAUAUCUACUGUUCUGUGGAGGAAAUACAGAAAAAGAUUCACAGUAAACCGCCUUCAAUCAAUAACUAUACAUUUGAUCAUUAUCAGAAUAAGACUAAUAAGUAUUCCAUAGAAGAGAAAGUUUUGCAAGAUAACUCGAUGAAUAAUGCCCAAAAGGUUGCACACCGAGUAGCCUUGUGGGAAAAAAGACUGAAUGAGAGGACCUGCGAGAUCUUCCAGAAUAUCCAGAAAAAACAACAACUAGUUGCGAAAGAGGCGGAGGAAGAAGAAAAGAAGAAAGAGCAGCUUUGGUUAGAGCAAGAAAGGAAAGCAAAGCAAGCUGAACAAAAAAUUAGAGAAAUCGCUAGGAGAGCUCGAGAAGAACACAGACUGACAUCUAACUUUGAAAUCGAUACCGCUUAUGGUACAGUGAAUUCAGGAGCACCACCUGGUCGAAAUGCGGUCCAAGAGUGGUACAGAGAAAAAGAAGUUGUUAGAUCUGCAACUUUAAAUUCAUCGAAUAAAGUUGAACCGUGGUUCCAUGGCCUGAUAACUAGACAAGAGGCAGAAAAACUUCUUCUGGACGAACCUUGUGGCACGUAUCUUGUAAGGCUGUCCGAGAGAAUAUGGGGUUAUGCCAUAUCUUACAAGGCGAAGGACAAGUGCAAACACUAUUUGGUCAACGCUACGCCAAAGUACUGUUUUGUGGGCAAGAACCAGUUAGAAUACGACACUUUAGGGGAACUCAUCAAAUACCAUCAACAGCAACCGUUGACUGGAGGUGAAACAUUGAAGUUCCCAUGCCCUAGACAUUCAAUGAAGGCGAUACAUGAUCUCUUCGAUGAUAAAUAGAUUUAGGGUCAACAUCAUAAAGAUUGUUUGUUUAACGAUCGCUUUGAUUAAUCAGUAGGGUUCAUUUUGGAGUGGCAUCAUUUAUUCUUCUGCUAUAAGGUCAUGCAGAUAAAUAGUAUCAGUUAAACUAUCAAAACAUAUUUGAUGAAAAAUACUUUCUACAUACGUCACAUCUUUGUUAAUCAAUAUAAGCCUAACGAUUAACCCCUUUGUUCUUGUCUAUUAAGAGGGUCGACCAUAUCGAAAGAUACAUAGGGAGGGGACAGUUUACGCUUACAGGCCCAAUCAGAGAGUUUGAGGCGCAGUUGCUUGCUGUUCAAAGCCGCUCGACUAAAAAGCAGGUGCCUUGUCAAAAAUCAUUUGACGUCUCAAAAAGAAGCCUGGGGGCACAUGCUAGUCAGGUAUCUGAUAGCAGCCACAGCUUGUGGAUAAACCCCCUUCAGUUAAUCUGAACAGCUGAUCACAAGUGACUUAAAGAAUAUACUAAUGCAAUAAAAUCACUUAGUUUUUCAAAAUCUUGAUGAGAACUGGCCUUUUGACAUAACAAAAUUUUAUAUUGAACUUUUUGAUUGAUCAAAAAGACCGUCAAACUAAACAGUCUUUAUUAUUUCUGUGAUUAUUUUGAAAGGCAUUUUUACUAGCUUACUACCUUAGCUUAUACUGCGUAUAGCUAUUUUUAUAAUCAGUUUUCAAUUCAACGUGAUCUAUAUUAGCAGAUAACUGCCUCUAGUUAUUUUACAGUUUCGUUUCAGAUUAUAAUCUGAAUCUCCAUGUUUGCUUACCCUGAGAGUCCUGAGCAUUGAUAACGUGGUAUAAAAUCAUUUCUACGGUAUAUAUAUAUAUAUAGCUAUAGCUAUAGCUUCCGCCUUUUGUUGGGUACUUCAUCAAAUUCAAGCAAAGAAAUAGCAACUAUGCAAUGUUAUUGCAGCUCCUGAGAAGAUGGCAAAGUUCAUUGAAAGCUAGAGAUUAAUAACGUAUAAAGAGUCCUCUGCUUGAAUUUGUCGAAAUACCCAACAAAAGGCGGAAGCUUUAUUUUUCACCUAACUGGUCUAAACGACAAUGACCACGUCUCAAGUUAUAUAUAUAUAUGUUUUUUUGUUAUAUACCUUUCUCCGCAUGAUAAUUUUCUAUAUAUAUAUAUAAACUGUGAGCCGUGUAAUCUUCUUCAAUUAACCGAACUUGCUGUCAUUGAGCAUAUUUCUGAUUAACUGAAGAUGAAACGCCAUUAAGGUGUAUCAAAAGAAUAUUGUAGAAAAACGAAGGAUAACAUCCGUCUUUCACAACUCAUCUUUUGUUAAUGUCUGCGAAAUUAUUUUCUUUUAGUAUUUGGAUUCGUUUAAGCAAUAUUUUUAUUAUGUGAGUAUACGUUUUUAUAUGAAUUGAAUAAACAUGUGCCUUGCUGAGUUAUACUCGAAAGCCCUACUUACCGAUCACUUCUUCCUAAACAGAUAAUGACAGUACCGCAACUGUGCGUUUCUUAUCAC